GUUUACUUCCUUGUUUCCUUUUCUUGCUGGUUCUACAACUCCAUUCUAUGUUACUUGUCUGCAGUAGAGCACCUCACCUGAAUUAUUCAAACAGUGUCAUCCUUUCACACCACUAUCCAUCAUGGAUGAAAUUGCCUCAAGUGACAAGGAAAUAAAGGAUCUGGAUGAGGAAUCGAUAUGGAACCUAAUUGAAAGCCAACGCCACAUAAUCACCAAUAAUGUUCGACCCUGCCACAUCACACCCUUUCUGCGCCAGUGUCAUGUCAUUGGGGAGACAGAUGAGGAAGAAAUUCUUUUUGCCCCUCACCUUAAGCACCGGUGUAUGAGAACAGGACAUAUGCUUGAUCUCUUAAGAAUGCGUGGGAGGAAAGGAGGUGUUGCCUUUCUGGAAUCUUUAGCGUUCUAUAAUCCUGAAAUUUAUACAUUAAUAACUGGGAAGGAACCUACUAAGGAUUGUAGCAGCAUACUCGUUGAAAAAGGAAAUUUGAAUUUGAUUCAGUUUCUAAUGAAUGAGGUAAUGAAGGCUCAGAAAUGGUUAGGAGAAGAAAAAUGUAUCAAGCAUCGGUUGAAUGAGAAAGUUCAAAGCAUGGAAGAGCAAAACCAACAACUGAAGACUGAGCUCAAGAGUUUGAAGGGAGCUGAGCUUAACUUAAGCAGAAUGAAAAUGGACUGGAACCGUCACCACGAUGAAAUGAUUCGUCUGAAGGAAGAAAAUUAUCAGAUAUUAAUGCGGUAUACAAACACUCUCCAGGAGAAGGAAAUGUCUGUGACACGAAGCAGAGAGUUACAACAACAGGUGGAUAAUCUUAUAAUGGAGAAUAAGAAACUAAUAGUGGAGUUUGAUGUAGAACGAAGAAUGUCAUCUAAACUACGGGAAGCAUUCAAGCCCAAACAAGAUGAACUUUUACAUCUAAAAGAAGAAAUUGAUAAACUGAGAUUCAGGAUCCAAGAAUUACAAAUGACCCCAGUGACAAUAGAUAUCUUGGAACAGCAUCGUGUAGAAGCUCAGGAAGAAAGACAGGAUCUAAUGAAAGAAAUGAGUUCACUGCGCUUGGAACUAGAUCAGGCUGAACGACUAAGAAAUGAGUACUUAGAUGAAAAGGAAAAUAUGUUAAUGGAAUGUGCCACCUUGAAGAUUGACUGUGACAUGUACAAGGAUAAAAUUAGCUCACUCCAGUCUCAGGUCUUAGAACUACAAAAGGAACGUGAUGAGGCAUAUGGGGCCAGGGACGAAGCCCAAUUGCGUAUUAGCAAAAUGAUCAUAGACAAGGAUUUAUGUCGUCGCCAGGUAAUUGAACUUCAAGACAUGUGUCGUCAACUGAAUAAGGAAAUGCUACAGUUAAAGUCAAACAAGGACAGGCAGGAGAAAAUGGCAACGGGUAAUAAAACCCCUCAACGUGAAAAACCCAAACUGAAGCGCCUGCAAGCAGUGAAUCCCAGGGCCAUCAGCUGUGACAGUGAUGACAGCAGCAGCAGUCAGAGUGACUUCUAUACAAAUCUAAAGAAAACUGAAAGCUGUGAGUCACUGAGCAGUGUCAGUUCUUCCUUCGUUGAGCCGCCCAGCAAGGAAUCUAUCUACAGACGCCGAAAUGAAGAUGACAUGGAAAAAUCAUUCAGCAACAGAAAUUCUACUGAUGACGAUGUGUUCACAUCAGUAGGUGAUAGCACUGGUACAGGCAGUUGCAGUGAAAAUGUUCCUGAUGUCAUACCAUUCAAACAGCCUGAGUCAUCCACUCAGAAAUUACAAUCUAUGACUGAAGCCAAUCCAUCAUCUGGGCAAGACUGGCCUUUCCUCCCUGGACCUCCACAAGCAAAAUCAAUGAGCAGAACUUGUUUAUUUGAAUUCAAUGGAGAUGGCAUCCUGGAUCAGAUUGAAGUCAUUGGUGGGAAUUCCACAGGAAUAUUCAUUCACAAAAUUAAGCCUGCAUCUCCAGCAUAUAACAGUGGCCUUGAACCAGGAUUUCAGAUCAUGAUGGUGGAAUUCAAUAGCAGGGAGCAAACAAGGACCAUACUGGAGGAAGCCAGUUUAGAGGAGGCUGUUUGGAACUUGAAGCAAAUUAAAGGAAUGUGCUGUUUGGCCAUAAGACGCAACAGGGAAGCUUAUCAAACAUUGGUAGAAAAUAUUGAAAAAAAGAUCGUUACCUCAGGGGAUUCCUUCUACAUCCGAGUCAACGUAACAUUUGACAAAGACAGUGGAGCCCUGGGUGAAUUUAUUGUCCAAUGCAAUGAAAUUUUACACGUCACUGACACCAUGCACAGGGACUCCAGUGAGUGGAAGACAUUCAGAGUACAUCCUCACACAAUGACUGACAUGGAUGGUGGUUCUAUUCCAAAUUACUACCGGGCACAACAGCUGUUGAUAGGAACAAUUCAGAACAUGACUCGACAGAUUCCAUUGCUUAAAAAGCAAAAUCGGAAAAGUUCUUCUUCAAGUCAAAAUAAACUCGUGCGAAUUGUCAGCACUGAUAAGAGUCAAAAAAAUCCACUCUGGUUAUCAUUUGACUGUGGAACCAUCGAUCCUGACAAAGAGCAAGGCAACCAGUCUGUUGGCAAUUGCUUCACUUUAAUGCCCUAUUCACUGGUCAGACCUUGCCACCCACCAUCUCUGAGACCAGUGAUUAUAGCACCCACUCGAAUUGGAAAAGUUGUGCUUGAGAAACUGAAAGAUCUACCGGAAUAUGAAAAGUGUAAAUCUGAGUGCUUGAACAACACCGAGUAUGCUGAGAAAAACAGAAAAGGAGAAAUUUUGGGUGUGCAAGAAGCACAGAAUUUCCUUCGCUCCUGUUACACAAGGGAGGGAGUAGAGACAGUAGUUGCCAAGAAUGUCCACUGCCUAUUGGAACUCGGUCUGGACUGUGUGAAAUGGUUACAUAAGGUGGAGAUCUAUCCUAUUGUCAUUGUCAUUCGUCUCUGUGAAAAGAACAUUAAGAAAAUUAAAAAAAUUUUGCAGAAGUAUGGAGUAACAGAGGACUUGCUGAUGGAGUGCUCUCGAAGGGAGGAGACUUUACUGGACACACUUCCAUGCCUGUAUAAGUGUAUUCCUGACAGCUGGAGUGAUCUUGAUUCACUUGUAACUGCAGUUAAAGCAGCAAUAAAGGAUGAGCAAAAGAAAAUUGUCUGGAUUGAACAAGCACCGCUCUAGUGUAUUUAUCUAAGGAUUAUGACUGAGGGAAUCUGAAAAUUCGAUGAUCUGUGGGUGAAUUUUUCCCCUUGCUCUUAAUACAAUAUAUAAGAUGGAUCAUAAGGGAAAUUCAACCUCAUGUGCUUCAGAAAAAGCAUACUUUUAAAUUUUCAUAAUUGCUCUAGUCUUCAUGGUACAUUGAAAAAUGUUUAUUCUAUAGUUUCAGAGGUAUUCUAUUCCUCCCUCCCUCCUCCCACCUUCUCUUUAAUCCAUCUGAGCUAGUUUUCAUCAUUAUAAUGUGAGAAAAGAUAAAUACUCUUACUGGGUUGAAAACAAAGUGCAAUUUCUUAUCUCUACACAGUGAGAUAAAUUGCUUUCCAUUCAGUCUUAAUUUUCUUAAGCCUUUUGAUUAUAAAUAAUUUUAAAAUAAUUUGUUUAUAUAGAAUUUAUUCAGAUCAUAAUGGAAUAGAUACUUCCAAUGUUUCCCAUGCCCAUGAUUAAAGUUAUAAAAUUACAUUUUUGCAAGGCUGCUGCUUAGGUUCCUUUCUGCAGGUAUUUUUCCCUAUUUAGAGAAGCACCUUAUGAUACCUCUGUGUAAGAAAGAUACCUAAAUAUGUCUGUUAAAAAUGUCACAGUCAUAAUGAAACAUAAGUUGGCUCCUUUCAAAUGCCUGGAAAUACUAUUUGAGCUUAUAUAUCUUGUCUCUUUUGACAGCAAAAUGUGACUGGAUUUUUAUUAUUUGUCUUCAUAACAUUGCUCAGAACAAUGAAACUAUUAUUACCUAUGGUCGUCUAUGUAUACUAUAAUAUUUAAAAUGUUAGCUUUUUUUGCAACUGCUGCAUGAUUUAUGUGAAUUAAAUCAGUAUACAAAACCAGGUUUUUUGUAUGAAACUGCAAGUAAAGGUGGUAAAUAUGUGAUGUUUUAACUGGUGUCUGACAUGACAACUUUGCAUGAACUACCAGAGCUUUGUGAAAGCAUUUUUAGCACUUGUGGAAAUGUUCAGGUUGAGGAACCAUUGUAAGUCAUUGCCUAGUUACCACCAGAAAUGUAUUGUAAAUGCUUCAAUUAUACAAAUUAAAUAGUGUG